AUGUCAAUAUUCCGCCAUUGGCCCGAGCUCUGCAAGGAGAUCGAAGAAGAGCAGUAUGACUGCUGGAUGUCCGACUACAGGCACUCGGGCCAGCACAUCUACGGCCCUAACCCGCCAAGCUUCAAUGAUCCCGAGAACACCGUUGGACGCAACGGCCCCCACGUUGCGUUUAUGCAAAGCCGUUGCAAACCUAGAUUCUGA